UGGCACGCGGCAAAGGCGUCACCAUAAAAGUGGAGCUCCCUAUUAGGCAGGCAGCUACACACCACAACACAACAACCCCAAAAUCACCCGACUUUAAAGCUCAAUUUAGUGUAUCGAAGAUAGUGGCGUCGGGGAAACAUAUUGGCAAUGUGCGGUAUUCGCCAUUAGACGAUAAUCAGAAGAAUCCCACAGUGCAGCCAUCAUGACGGACCGAUAUGCCAACGGAGUGACCACCAGCCUGGUCGAGCCCACAAAUGGAUGCGCCGCGCCGGGAAAUCCCGCUGAUGGCGAGGAGAGGAUUGUCCUCAAACGGAAGCUAACACUACUCAAUGGAGUGGCCAUCAUUGUGGGCACCAUCAUCGGAUCGGGCAUCUUCAUUGCUCCCACGGGAGUCUUUAAAUACGCCGAUUCCGUGGGAUUGUCCCUUUUGAUUUGGCUGGCUUGCGGCAUUUUGUCGACCAUCGGAGCUCUGUGCUACGCUGAACUGGGCACAUGCAUCACGAGAUCUGGCGGGGAUUACGCCUAUCUGCUGGUAUCCUUUGGUCCGCUAGUGGGAUUCCUGCGCCUCUGGAUCGCACUGCUCAUCAUCCGGCCAACCACGCAGACCAUUGUGGCUCUAUCUUUUGCCCAUUAUGCGGUCAAGCCAUUCUUUCCGGAAUGCGUUCCCCCACAGAAUGCGGUGAAACUGCUGGCUGCCAUAUGCCUAACUCUGCUCACCACAAUCAACUGCCUGUCCGUGAAGGUGUCCAUGAAGGUGCAGGAUGUGUUCACGGUGGGCAAGCUGCUGGCCCUCAUCAUGAUUAUACUGUCCGGACUGUACUACAUGGCCACUGGUGAGCUAGAGAACUUCAGCGAUAUGUGGGAUGUAAAAUACUCGGCCCGCAACAUUGGCUACGCCUUCUACUCCGGUCUGUUUGCCUUUGGCGGCUGGAACUACUUAAACUUUGUGACGGAGGAGCUGCAGGAUCCAUACAAGAAUCUGCCGCGCGCCAUUUGGAUAGCCAUGCCGCUGGUCACGAGCAUCUAUGUUCUGGUCAACUUAGCCUAUUUCGCCGUGGUGAACAGGCCGGAGAUGCUCAGUUCGCUGGCCGUGGCGGUGACCUUUGGAAAUCGUAUGUUCGGACCGCUGGCCUUCAUGGUGCCCAUUUUCGUGGCGCUGAGCACAUUUGGUGGCGUCAACGGGGUGCUCUUCACAUCGGCGCGCCUGUUCGCCACUGGUGCUCAGGAGGGGCAUUUGCCCAAGUUUUUCCAGCUGUUCCACGUGAAGCAACAGACGCCCAUUCCCUCCCUGAUUUUCACGUGUCUGAUGUCGCUUCUCAUGCUGCUCACGGAUAACGUGUUCCAGUUGAUCAACUACUUCAGCUCGGUGCUCUGGCUUUCAGUGGUGGCCAGCAUAGCCGGGAUGUUGUGGCUCCGGCAUAAGAGGCCCGACUUGCCCCGACCCAUUAAAGUCCAUCUUGCGCUGCCCAUCACCUUCAUGGUGAGCUGCGUGACACUGGUAUUGCUGCCCAAUUGGGAGGAGCCACAAAAUCUGCUCAUUGGCAUCGGCAUAACCCUGUCUGGGAUUCCGUUCUACUACGCUUUCAUCGCCCGGAAAAAUAAGCCAAAGUGCUACGGCCGAUUGUCCAAUUCCGUAGUGGAGAUUUGCCGGGCCAUCUUCAAUACCACCAUUAUCGAAUCGAAUGAGGCGAUUAACUAGGCCUACACGUACAAACAUAUAUAUGUGUACCACAACCGUAGAACUUAUGCAUUUAGUUCAAAAACACUCGUAAUUGAUAUUCGAAAAACGUGAAA